AUGACCAGCGAAAGCCAGUUGCCAGCACGCAGGGAAGGCAUUAGGAAGCAUGUCGGAGCAGCCGGAGAUUAGCCACACCUACGAGACCGAGUGCCAGCGGGCAGAGCUCCUGGGCCUGCAGCCACCAGACAGAGCCGACUUUGAGCGGAAGCGCCAGGCCAGGCUGGAGCACGAGCUGGCCGAACAGGAGGCCGCCGAGGCGGUGCUGCUGGAACAGCAGGAUGAAACGCUGGGCGGCGUGGGCGGUAAGCUGGGCGAGCUCAACAGCAUCCUGUCCAGCACACAACAGAAGCUGAAUCGCUUCAAGCAGACAGCCUGCGGCAGUCUGACAAAUAUAUUUUCAAGAGCCAGUUCCGGGUCAGUGGAUUUAACGGCGGGUGGAACUGCCGCAGGUCCCACCCAGGAGGAGCGUCCGCCUGUGUUGGCCGCCAAGCCACCGCCAACGGCGGCCGAGGUAAGUGCCGCAAAGGCGGCCAAACAAAAGCGCAUGGACUCGCAGCUGGACAAGCUGGAUUCCCUCAUCAAUCAGGCGGACAAUGCCCAGAUCGCCAUGAGCGAGCAGACCCAGCAGAUGCGACGCCUGGCCAAGUAGAAGGGAAAGAAUGGGUUUUAAAGCGAAUUCAAAGCCAGCCAAUCCUGGCCAGCCUUCUGUCCUCGGAACACAUGAGUUUCGCUUAAAAACUAAACACACAAGUUGAGAGUUACACCCAAAGCGCGUCUUCAAUCACAUUUGUCGAGGGUGCAGGACGGCUGUCCUCCCUCACACUCAUCCCGUUGACUUUAUCUAAUAUAUAGUUAUUAUAUAUAUACAUAUAUAUGUGCAGUUUAUGAUUAACAUUCGAGUUUUCAAAAGUAAUCCCCUUUACAAUAGGAUUUCCCUCCGCGUUGUCCUUGUUUAGAAGCUGAAUUCAACUCGAAAAUGUUUGACAAUAAUGUUGUUCCGUUUGGAUAAUUAAUUAAUUGCGAUUUCUUCAUAUUAAGUAAUUGUCAGUGAACAUUUCUUAGCAUUUUAAAAUUUACGUAAAUUUUUUUAAAGGUUUUCCUACUAGGGAAAAGUAAUUUUGUUUUGUUUCAACUUUAACACUUCAAUUGGUUUUAAAAUAAUUGUAAUAACACUUAGCUUUCUUUGAUUUUGCUUUUACUUUCUUUGCUGCUG